AUGAUGAAGUUAUUCAAUAAAGAAGGUAGUGAAACGGUCGAUGUCGAGAGGGUAUCGGAUCCUGAAAUUGAAAAGGUCGAAACACAACACAAAGAUUUCUACGACAAGAUUGAUGUUGAAAAGCAUGGAGAAACUCAAAGAAGGAUUACUCCGCGUCAUGUGAGUUUGAUGAUCAUUGGCCAAUCCAUCGGUAGUGGAUUAUUCCUCGGUGUGAGGUCGCCUUUGAAUAAAAGUGGAUCUUUAUCUUUCUUCUUGGCAUUUGCCAUAUGGGCGGUCUUUGUUGUUUAUCCUUUAAUGCAGGUUGUUGGUGUUAUAUGUUGUUACCUACCCCUCAAAGGUUCCUUCAUUCAUUAUAGUGCCAGGUAUGUUGACCCUGCCCUUGGAUUUGCUUCGUGUAUAAUCUACAUAUAUACGUGCAUGAUGUUUGUUUGUCUUGAAGCUACUGCUGUUGCUCAGGUUAUUAGAUUUUGGACCGAUGUUAACCCUGGUGUUUGGAUUACCAUUUGCAUAGUGAUAUAUCCCAUAAUUGGUGUUUUUGGGUCUAACAUCUACGGAGAAGUAGAGUUUUAUUCAUCUAUCUUAAAGUUGAUUAUGGUCAUGGGAUUGAUGCUCUUUUCCCUUAUAUCCAUGUGUGGUGGAAAUCCUCAAGGAAAUGCAUACGGGUUUCAGCAUUGGAAAGAAGGUGGCUUGUUCAGAGAAUACUUGGUUGAUGGAAGCACGGGGAAAUUUUUGGCAUGGUGGAGCUCAUUGUUGUGGGCAGCCUUUGCAGCUGGUGGUCCCGACGGAUUAGCCAUGCUAGCAGGUGAAAUCAAGCGUCCCAGAACAACCAUGGCCAACGCAGCAAAGAGAACCUACAUUCGUGUUUACAUCUUUUAUGUCGGGGGCAUGUUUUUCCUCUGUUGUCUUAUUUCGGCUGUUAAUCCCAAAUUAGUUGAGCAAUUGCUGGUAGGCUCUAAUUCCUCGGCUGGAUCACCAUGGGUGAUUGGCAUUGAAGAUGUUGGGGUCAAGGGUUUGGCUUCCGUUAUUAAUGCAGGGAUAAUGAUGUCGGCAUUCUCUUGUGGUAAUGCUUUUUUUUACUGCUCUGCUCGAUCAAUAUACAGUGCUGCUUUAGGAGGCUACUUGCCUCGCUUCUUAGCCAAAUGCUUGCCCAAUGGCUCACCUAUUUAUUGUGUUCUUAUCACUUUUGCUGUUUCUUUGAUCUCCUAUUUGAAUGUAAAUGAAAGUGGGGCAGUUGUAUUUAAUUGGUUUGUUAACUUAUGUGCUACUGGAUUAUUGUUGACAUACAUUUGUAUAUGGUGGUCUUACUUUCAAUUUCGUAAAGCUUGGGAAUGCCAACACCAAGCCAAAAUGAAGCAUCCAGAGUAUCCAUACUUCUUGUGUCCUAAGUGGAUGCAUCCUUUUAUUACAUAUUUGGGAUUGGCACUAACGGUUUUGGUGGUUUUCUUUAAUGGAUUUUGGAUAUUUUUCCCUGGCCAAUUUAACGUAUCCAAUUUAUUUACAAGCUACUUUGCACCGGUGUUUUUCGUUUGUUUAUUUGUCUUUUGGAAAGUCGUCAAAAGAACCCAUUUCAGAACUCCACCCACUGCUGAUAUCACUAGUGGUAAGCAAAAAAUUGAUGAUGAAGAGGAAGCUGAAGAAAAGGAAAUUUUUGAACAACAGCUAGCUUUUGAAGAAAGGGCAAAAUGGUAUCAUAAAGCAUGGCAAAAAAUUUACGCUUUCUGGUUUACAUGA